CUCCAGCGGAACCAUGUCUCCUGGUCUUCAGAAAGGAUCCCGUCUGAUGGAAAACAGAUCUCCGCCAUCUUCCUUUUCCAUCGAACAUAUCUUAGGAUUAGACAAGAAAACGGAGGUGGCAUCGUCGCCCAUUAUAAAGCACCACCGGCCGUGGAUACAGUGCAACAGUGAGGGAGUCGAUGGCACCUUUUGGCACAUCCCAGUGAUCAGCUGUGAUCUCCCCGUGCAAGUUCACGCCUUGCGCCGAUCAAUGGGAGAAGAGACCCAGGUCAGGUUGGAGAAGUGUUGUGGGGAAGAGGACAGACUGACCUAUAAGAGAGAACUGAGCUGGUACCGGGGGAGAAGACCCAGAACAGCUUUCACUAGAAGCCAGAUUGAAAUACUGGAGAAUGUGUUCCGAGUGAAUUCCUAUCCGGGCAUCGACAUCAGGGAAGAGCUGGCCGGCAAAUUAGCUCUGGAUGAGGAUCGGAUCCAGAUCUGGUUUCAAAAUCGCCGGGCAAAACUCAAAAGGUCUCACCGGGAAUCCCAGUUCCUGAUGGUUAAAGACUCGCUGUCAUCCAAGAUACAAGAAUGAGGGUCUGAGUGUCCCUUUGCCCGGCUGGGAUAUUGUUAUAUAGCAGUACUGAGUAUGGGCAGAGGGGCCCGGGCACGGCACUACAUGGACCUUGGACCUUUCCCUGUAUAUUUUAUUCUGCGUAUUUGUCUAGAAGUCCGAGAUAUGUAAAUAUUCUGUAACAUAACUCUGAAACAAUAAUGCACUUUCUGUAAAUAGCCUGUUUUUAUGAAUUAUAAUAAAUAUUUUUAAGAACUUGA